CAGGUGACGAGUCUUGUCGUAAGCUCAAUCUAUCUGGCAUGACGAGUGAUUCGUUUAAUGGUCUUUAUGAGAAUAAGGACCAAAAGGUUGGGAACAGACCGAGCUACAAACACUUUAAUGAGUCUUACAAGCUGUACUAUAGAGAAUUGUAUGGGCAAUGGGUAAUCGGGCAUGAUACCAUUCAAUCUACCUUUUACGCUUUUACAUUUAACCCAGCUGUGGACCCAACCGAUUCUAGUACUACUGUUUGGAGGAAAUUGGAUGGUAGUAUGCAGACAAUACAGCCUGAUUUAGUGUGGAGCUGUCAGGAUGGUAAAACUUAAGAUCAUAUUUAUAUCCUAUAACGCUGUAACAUUCAUUUAAAAAAUGCCUUCUUAAAUGUUUCAAUAAUGAUGCUGGGCAAUGUACGAUAUAUUUUCGACUGUUGCAUUUGUAUGCAUUUGAGUAACAACAAAAUUUUAAUAGCUUCCUCCUGUUGAAGCUCCAUUGUUUUAAAUAUAUUGUAUUGGUAGAUUCAAUAUCACUGAACAUAUUUUUGCUUGUGGAGCAUCACACAACAAUACCGUUUAUCAUUGAUGUGGAUUUACGCAGGGGUCAUUUUUCAAAAGAAUUGUUUAUACUUAAAAAUGUAUUUUUAAUAGAUAAUAAAUAAGUAAAAAUAUUUUUAAUGCAUUGGCAUCAAGAAAAUUUUGUAUGCUUUCAACUGAAAAAUAAGA